AUGCCUACCAUAGUCACUGUUGGUGCCGAUGAAGAUGAUGAGUAUUUUGAUGAGGAGGAGAAGGCGAAAAUUCUUCAAGAGGAGAAGGCCUUCUCCACUAGUAUGAAUAGUUCAACAUUUAACGAAAAUUUACAAGCAUCGGAACUAAUUGGAAGUAAGGUUGAUGAAAUUGAAGAAGGAAUGGAUGCUGAACAAUUCAUGCCAGAGGUGCGAGAUAUUGAAUUGAAAAAUAUUGUCGAAGAACACGUUCUAGAUAGAGUUGAUAAUAAUUUUAGUCCAAUGAUGACUGAUACAUAUGAUAUUGAUUCGAGAGCGUCUUCCUCAAUGUCUUCUGAUUCCAAUGGUUCACCCCAAUUACAGGAACAAGACCCAGAGGCAUUAGCCAAAACAAUUGAGGAUGAAACCUUUAGAAGAUAUCUCAAAAUUCCUCCAGAAGAAAGAGAAAGAUUGAAAAAUAGAGAAGCAGAGCUCCCUAUCAAAUUUGAUGAUUUCAUAGCCAUCCACGGAUUCAGUGCAGAAAAUCAAAAGGUGAAGAAUGAUAAAAGAAAUGACCAUAUUUCCGAUUCGAUAGCCUAUAUUGACAGCCAGCAUUUUUCCUACCACUAUGAAAAGUAUAGUGGAAGCUCAGAGGAAAAAGCAAGUAUCCCCUCAAAGAAUGACAUGGAAAAGUCAUCCAAUGUAAAGAAAAAUAAGAAGAGAAGAAAGAAACAGACUGAGGAGGUUGUAGAUAUGGAUCAUGCCAACAAGACCUUAUCUCAAGAACAAAUUGCUGAGCAGAGGAAAGUCAAUAAGCAAUUAAGAGAAGAACGAAAGAAACGGCAAUCCAAUAGAGAAAAGAAGGUCUCUAACCUUGAAAAGCAAUCCAAAAAAUCACAAGAAAUGUACGAGAAGGCAGAGAGAAGAUCCAAAAUAUUCUCAGAAUGGAUGGAUCAACAAGGAAUCAUUACAGAAGAUGUGGCAAACCUUAUUCCAAGACUGUCAGAGAAAGAUUUCUACGAAGAGGAAGAAGCUAGCUCAACAAAGAGCUUUUUUAUCACUGACAUGAAUGACUCACAGAAUUACAUUGAAAAAAGAAAACAAAAGGAGAAGCAGAAAUCAUUAUUAUCAAUGCCCCAAACAUUUGAUACAAGUAAUUACGAUAGAAAGAGCAAACUAUCAGAUCUUGGAAGUGUUUUAGAUCAUAAAUAUGGUUCCAACAAUAAGGAUGGAAGCACCUCUUCAAGAAUGCCAAGUAUUAGCAGAGGGAGUAACAAAUCUGUGGGAUUUUUGACUUUCUGGAAUAAGAGCAGUGUUCCAAAGAGGCCAGCUGUAAGAGAAAUUACAACUCUUACCAACCUCUCUAAAUUAUUGAAAGGUUACGAGUUUGACACCAAUAUUGAAAGUGGUGGAUUUUAUGUAAUGGCUGCUCAUAGUAGCACGUCAAAUCAAUGCUCUGUUAGGAAAAUGUAUGAAAGAUUUUUCCAACCCAUUCCUUUCGUAAAAUCGAAGAAUUUACACAGGAUGUGUAAGAAGUUUAAUACCAGUAGUAUUGGUAGUAAUAGUAGUGGUCAAAAUAUGGAAGGAGCAACUGCAUCAAAUAACAACAAUAACAAUACAACUCCUACAUCACGAGAGAGGUACAUUGUCAUGUUUAAAGAAUAUAUGAAAGCAUUUAAACAUGAUGAAUACAUUAGCACACUUUUAGGAGGAACUCAUAGAGGAUAUAAAAUAAUUGAAAGGGAUAAUGCAGCUACUAGAAUGUUUGACACUGACUUUGCACUUGUUGAAUUUGAAAAUAUUACUUUAAAGUCAGAAUUAGAGUCAAGGACUCAAUUUGUACGAUAUGUUGUUCGUCAACAUGAAUAUCACAACAUGAUGAACAAUGAAAGAAAAUUACUCAAUCACGAUAUUGAAACACUUCCAGAUGAUGAACAAGAUCACUCAAUUCUUAAUAGUAUUGGAAAAUUAUUUACUCAAUGGUCAACCGAGGAUAAAUAUUCAGACCACCACCAUCACAGGAGAAAAUUAUGUAAUCAUCCAAGUCAUUCCUAUGUUGAUGUUUCAGAAAAAUUGAAUGCCCACAAACUUUGGGAACAGGGUAUUUAUGGACAAAAUAUUAGAGUUGCUGUUUUUGAUACUGGACUUUCCAGUACUAAACAUGAAGAAUCCUUCUCUCAUAUUGAAGAUAUGAUAAAUUAUACAACAGAAGACUCUGUAAAUGAUGAGUUAGGUCAUGGUACUUUCAUCUCUGGAGUUAUUGGCUCUAAGCAUUUGACACCCUACACACCAAAGUCCAACACUACACAACCUUUUAAUGAGAAGAAGGAAAGGGGAUCUGGAUGUAGAGGUCUUGCUCCUGAAGCCUCUGUUUUCAUCUUUAAAGUAUUUACAAGCAAACAAGUUUCGUAUACAUCCUGGUUUUUGGAUGCAUUCAAUUAUGCUAUGAAAUCUGGUAUUCAAAUCUUGAAUUUGAGCAUUGGUGGACCUGAUUACCUCGAUAUCCCAUUCAUAGAUAAGGUAAAGGAACUCACAGCCAACGGUAUUAUUAUUAUUUCUGCCAUUGGUAAUGAUGGCCCUCUUUAUGGAACACUUAACAAUCCUGCAGAUCUUGUAAAUGUGAUUGGUGUUGGAGGUAUUGACGAUAAUGAUAAUAUUGCAAAGUUUAGCAGUAGAGGUGUUACCACUUACGAGUUACGUUUUAAUAAUGGAUAUGGAAGAGUUAAACCAGACAUUGUAACCAUGUCAGUCAAACUUAGAGGACUUGGGUUGAAUAAGGCUGGUGACAAUGUUGGAUAUUGUCAUUCUAUUUUAUCUGGAACAAGUGUAGCAAGUCCAGUUAUUGCUGGUGCUAUUACUCUCCUUGCCAGUAGUACUCUGAAGAAUAAGGAUACCUCUACUCAAAACUCUGACGAUAUUUCAAUAAGAGCUAAAAUGGAUGACUAUCCAAAUACUCAUAAUUCUUUAUUGCCACUCAUUAAUCCAGCCAGUAUCAAGCAAAUACUUUUAGAAUCAGCUCAAAGAGUUCAUCAUGCCAAUAUUUUCGAACAAGGAGCAGGUAAACUAAACCUAGAGAAGGCCUACGAAUUACUCCAAGAUUACAUGGAAAAAGCCAAACCUAGAGCUACUUUUUAUCCUAGUGAAUUGGAUCUUACAUCUUGCCCAUACAUGUGGCCAUACUGUUCACAACCUAUUUAUCAUACUGCAAUGCCUAUUGUAUUCAAUGUUACUGUCCUUAAUGCUAUGAGCGCCUCUGGAAGAGUUGUUGGAGAACCAGUUUUUGUACCUGGAAAGUAUGGUGACUUUUUAGAUGUUACCUUUACUCAUCCAAGGGUAAUGUGGCCAUAUUCUGGAUGGUUGGGUGUACAAAUCUCUGUUAAUAGUGGAGGAAGAUUUUUCAAUGGCUAUUGUGAAGGAACAAUCAAGAUGAAAAUCAUGUCACCUCCUUUGGGAGUUGGAAAAGAUGGCAACGAGAUGCAAGUUAGUGAGAUGGAACUUAAAUUAAAAGUCAAGGUAAUUCAACCACCCUUGAGACAGCAAAGAAUAUUGUGGGAUCAAUAUCAUAACAUUCAAUAUCCACCAGGUUACAUUCCAAGAGAUAAUUUAGGUAAUAAGGAUGAAAUUUUGGACUGGAAUGGUGAUCAUAUCCAUACCAACUUUAGAGAUUUGUAUAUUUUCUUGAGAAACAAGGGUUAUUAUGUUGAAAUCCUAACCGGAGAUCUCACAACCUUUGAUGCAUCCAAAUAUUCUACUCUCAUGAUUGUAGACUCUGAAGAAGAAUUUACAGAAAAAGAGAGAGAAAAACUGAAAGAAGAUGUUCAAGUUUAUGGUCUUUCUGUUGCUGUCUUUGCUGACUGGUACAGCGUUCCAAUCAUGAAACAUAUCAAAUUUUUCGAUGAUAAUACCUAUACUGUUUGGACUCCAAUUACUGGAGGUUGUAAUUUACCAGCACUGAAUGCAUUGUUGGAUCCUUUCAACAUUGUUUUUGGUACAAGAGUCUAUACAGGUGAGAUAACAAUUGGAAAAGAGAAGGCUUCUUUCCUCUCAGGAACUAGUAUUAUUAAAUUCCCUGAAGAAGGUAUGCUUGCUUCUUUCCAUCUUAAAGAUCAAGGUAUUGAAAUUUUGAGUGGAAAACAAAAUUCAAAACCAAUUCUUGGAACAGACUCCUCCAGUACAAUCCACAAAGUACCAGUACUAGGAUUUUCAAAAUCUGGAAAAGGUAGAAUAGCAGUAUUUGGUGACUCUAAUUGUUUAGAUGCUGUUGGAAAUCCAACACAUAAUUGUUUCUGGUUGUUGGAUCAAAUUCUCCAAUACACAAGCCAACACAAAAUGAGUGAGGAAUUUAUUAAGGAUGCAAACAUCAAAACUCUUUCUCACUUAUUCAUUUCACAAAGCAGUUCUGUUGUAGGUGCUUCGGGUUUAGUUGCUGUAUCGACAAAUAAUUCCUUCUUGACUGUAUCCGAUUUCUUUUUUCUUCCUCUCUUGGCUUGUGUAGUUGUUGUAGAAGGAGAAGCUGUUUGA